AGCCCCCGCCGCCGCGACCGCCCAGCUCGCGCUGUGGGGCUGCCGGGCCGGCCGGGCUGCGCUGCGAGGGCAGGAGGCGCCGCCGCCUCUCCGCUUCCCGGACCUGCCUCGCCGCCGCCGCCGCCGCCGCCGCGGCUCUCCGUCCUCCGACUCUCCGCCCCGCCGCCCCGCCGCCACCCGGCUCCGGCUCCGGCUCGGGCCGCGCCGCCCUCGGCCGCCGCCACCUGGGGAUCCCGAGCGAGGGGCGGUUGUCCUUGCCGGAAGGAACCAUGAACUGGCAUUUCCCCUUCUUUCUUGUGGCCACAGUGACUUUGCCCUCUGUGUGCUCCCAGUUCAACCCCCUAUCUCUGGAGGAACUAGGCUCUGACACAGGAAUCCAGGUUUUCAAUCAGAUUAUCAAAUCCCGGCCUCUUGACAACGUGGUCGUGUCCCCCCAUGGGAUUGCGUCGGUCCUGGGGAUGCUUCAGCUGGGAGCCGACGGCAGGACUAAGAAGCAGCUCACCACGGUGAUGAGAUACGGCGUGAACGGAGUCGGUAAAGUGUUAAAGAAGAUCAACAAGGCCAUCGUCUCCAAGAAGAAUAAAGACAUCGUGACGGUGGCCAAUGCAGUGUUUGUGAAGAACGGCUCUAAAAUGGAAGUGCCUUUCGUUACGAGGAACAAGGACGUGUUUCAGUGCGAAGUCCAGAACGUGGACUUUGACGAUCCAGCCUCUGCCUGUGACUCCAUCAACGUGUGGGUUAGAAACGAAACCAGGGGUAUGAUCGACAAUCUGCUCUCCCCAAAUCUCAUCGAUGGUGCACUCACCAGACUGGUCCUGGUCAAUGCCGUGUAUUUUAAGGGUUUGUGGAAAUCGCGGUUCCAACCUGAGAACACAAAGAAACGCACGUUUGUGACGGCUGAUGGGAAGUCCUACCAAGUGCCCAUGCUGGCCCAGCUCUCCGUGUUCCGAUGCGGGUCUACAAGCACCCCCAACGAUUUAUGGUACAACUUCAUCGAACUGCCCUACCACGGAGAAAGCAUCAGCAUGCUGAUCGCGCUGCCCACGGAGAGCUCCACCCCGCUGACGGCCAUCAUCCCUCACAUCAGCACCAAGACCAUAGACAGCUGGAUGAGCACGAUGGUGCCCAAGAGGGUACAGGUCAUCUUGCCCAAGUUCACGGCGGUAGCACAAACAGAUCUGAAGGAGCCGCUGAAGGUGCUCGGCAUCACCGAGAUGUUUGAUCCAUCAAGAGCAAAUUUUUCGAAAAUAACAAGGUCAGAAAACCUUCACGUCUCUCAAAUCUUGCAAAAAGCAAAAAUUGAAGUCAGUGAAGACGGAACGAAAGCUUCAGCAGCAACAACUGCGAUUCUAAUUGCAAGGUCGUCACCUCCCUGGUUUAUAGUAGACAGACCCUUUCUAUUUUUCAUCCGACAUAAUCCCACAGGUGCUGUCUUAUUCAUGGGGCAGAUAAACCAACCGUGAAGAGUAUACAGAAGAAACCAUGCAAAAGCAAAGACUACUUUGUGACGAAGAAAACUCCUUUCCUACACCUUUCAUAGUUCUGUUAAAUAUUUUUGUACAUUUCUUCCUUUUUCAAAACUAGUUCUUG